AGCUUUUUAUAUGCACAUGUUAUAUGCACAUGUGCAUCAUACCAACUUAACAACUUGGUGUCUUGGAGUCUUGGAGUCCUAAAGCCAAAUGCACACAACAAUGUGGGCAGGCCGACUCGCUUCAACAUGUCUUCGAGUAAGAAGAGCUACUGGCUCAACUGCUAGCAGCGCAAAUAGCUGUAGCCCUUCUCUUUUCUCACGAACAAAUCACCGCCCAAUAUUAUUAAGAGCUAUAUCGGCUGCACAACCUCGAUCUAAUUCAACCUGGACCUAUCCAACCUCUGUGACAAUCAAUGGCUCUACUUACCCCAGAGAUUCUUGGUUCAAUGUAUCUCAGAACGUUCUUGACAAAGUCCCUCGCCGAUUACAUUUGCAAAAAGAUCACCCCAUCUACAUAACCCGACAGAUCAUCGAGUCGGUUUUUCCGCCGCCCACCUUUAAAUACCACAACGACUUUGAUCCUGUCGUUACCACUCAUCAGAACUUUGAUUCGCUAGGAUUUCCAGAAGAUCAUCCCGGCCGAGCGAAGUCGGAUACCUAUUAUAUCAAUCGCGAUACGUUGCUGCGAACCCAUACGAGUGCUCAUCAAGCAGAUAUAUUUCGAGCUAAUCUCAGCGACGGGUAUCUGGUCAGUGCUGAUGUCUACCGCCGCGAUGAAAUUGAUCGGAGCCACUACCCCAUAUUCCACCAGAUGGAGGGUGCGCGGUCGUGGGACCGCAGUAAGGCGACCAAUGGGGAUGUGGCCCAGACUAUCUGGUCGGACCUAGAAAAACUACCGAAGCAUGAUAUCGAAGUCCAAGACCCCAACCCACCCUUUCACGAGGAAAGGAACCCCCGCCAAGCGGAACAUCACUCCCCGGCAGAGACUGAAGCCAUCGCUGCCCACUUAAAGAAGUCGCUAGAACUCAUGGUAGUUGAGAUAUUCGCACGUGCCAGAGCAGCCGCACUAAAAGUCAAGCCUGAAACGGACGACGAGCCAUACGAGCCACUCAAAGUGCGAUGGGUUGAAGCAUACUUCCCCUUUACGAGUCCCUCUUGGGAGCUUGAAGUCUAUUAUAAUGGAAAUUGGCUCGAGAUCCUAGGCUGUGGCGUAGUUGAGCAAGACUUAUACAUCAAAGCAGGCGUGCCGAACCAGCUAGGUUGGGCUUUCGGGAUCGGACUCGAUAGAAUCGCCAUGUUGCUUUUUCAGGUUACCGACAUCCGCCACUUCUGGUCGGAGGACUGGCGCUUCCAACGUCAAUUUCAUGGCGUUUCAGACAACCUGAGCUUGAUGAAGCCCUUCAAGCCCUUCUCCAGGUAUCCUAGCUGCUCGAAGGACGUCUCGUUCUGGGUGAAGCCGUCAUCUGCGGCCGGGAGCAGCGCCGACGUACCCGAAUUUCAUGUGAACGAUGUCAUGGAAAUCAUACGGGACGUGACCGGGGACUUUGCCGAGGAUGUGAAACUAAUUGACGAAUUCACCGAUUCUAAGACUGGCAGGCGGAGCCUGUGCUAUCGCAUUGUCUACCGCUGUCUCGAACGGACCUUGACAAAUGUAGAAGCCAAAGAAAUUCAUGCCAGGGUCACCAAACGUCUUGUGGAGGAUCUUGGCGUGGAAAUAAGGUGAUAUAGCUUCUUCUAGGAUGGCUGAUUCUGACUCCGCAGCCUUCAAAAUACUCCAUGAUUCGGAUUUGCAGAAGAAUGGGAAUGGGAAGCUAUAAGAUACCUAGGUUAGGUACCUCUGUAGUAUACUCAUAUUCUCUGCUUGUAUACUAUCAUAUAAAGCCAUC